AUGGCGAAGAAAUCUGGUGGUCUUGGAGAUUCCACGGCAAGUUUACCUUUCGAAACUCAAAGGUUAUCAUCAGUAGGACUGAUGAAGGCAGCCACUGGAUAUAUUGGAGUGGGCCGCUCCAAUUGGUCCAUACCGGGAUUACUAGCACACUACAUGUGGAACCUCAAUGGAUUUGUCAUAAACAUUUAUGAUUUGUCCUCUAUGGAUAUUUAUGAUUAUUGUGGGCCAAAUGCUUACUGCGACAUAAACAUCAUGAAUGCAAACUGUACAUGUCUUAAAGGAUAUUACAACACUACAGAUGGGUGCGUGAUAAUGGCGCCUCUCCACCGCGGGGAAAACGAAUUUGUCUCACUACUGAACAUGAGUUUUCCGCACAGUUUGAAGCCUAUUCAAUCUGAAUCUACCAGAAUGCCAGAAGAUAUGCACCGAGGAUUCGGCUACAUGUCUCCGGAAUAUUCCACAAAGUCAGACAUUUUCAAUUAUAAGUGGGAAGCAGGACAACAGAUUCUCCUAUGUGGACGCCAACACGAAUCUUUGUGUGGAAGAAAAUGGGUGGGCGGAAACUGGGAAGAGAUUAUGGAUCAAGUCAUACUGGAAUCAUCAGCGUCUCGGGCUGAACAAGUCCGAAGAUGCAUCGGAAUUGGUCUUUGUGCGUUCAACAAGGUGCAGAUGACAGACCAAAGAUGUCAGCGGUUGUUGCAAUGCUCGAGAACCAAGAACUUGAGCUUCCCAAUCCUAAACCGCCUGGGUUCUUCAUGGGUGAAAGUCAGAAUGCAAUUCCUUCGAAUACCAACCAAGACUGUUCUGCUUCAAUCAACCAAUACACCCUCACAGAAAUCAGAUCACGAUAGUCAGGUACUUUUCAAGCUAGUUGUGAUCACUGCAUAA